GGGUGUCAAGUGUGGUAGUAAGCAAAUUUUUGUCUCCUGAGAGUCCUGGCUGGGUAUAUUCUGAUAUCAAACAAAAGUAUAAUGUCAGAGCAUCAGCAUCGUUAGUACAAAAUUUGAAACAAAGUAGAGUGAGUAUACAAUCAAACGAUGAUUAUAAAAAUGACCCUGAAUGGUGAAAUAACUGCAGGAAUAUCCAUAGUAAAACAAUCUAAAAUUCUGACUUUAUCUGAUCACAAAACUGGUUAGUUUUUUGAACUUCACCAAUUUCCCAAAGGUCAAGAUCCAGUUCACUUUUUACCAUACUACAAUGUUUUAAUCAUUUUUCUUUUUCUCACACCAAAGCUUUCCCAGAAAUAUGGCUCCAUUUACAGCAUCCAAAUGGGGCCCAAGAAGGUGGUGGUCCUCUCUGGCUAUGAGACAGUGAAAGAGGCUCUCGUUGGUUAUGGUAAUCAAUUUGGGGAACGAUCUCAAGUGCCUAUAUUUGAAAGAAUUUUUAAUGGAAAAGGAAUUGCCUUCUCUCAUGGUGAAACCUGGAAAAUCAUGAGAAGAUUCAGCUUGACCACCUUACGGAAUUUUGGAAUGGGCAAGCAGAUCAUAGAAGAUAUAAUUAUAGAGGAAUGCCAGCAUCUCAUACAGAACUUAGAGGCUCACAGAGCCAAGGAAAAUCCUCGAUCAGGAAUUGCAUUGAGAUGUCAUGUUUCUUCUGCCUCCUUUAAUCCAGAACAGCUUCUCAGUAAUGAAGUUGUUUCUGAUCGCUUCACAUAA